GAAUAGUAACAUUAUUAUAGUACAAUGGGAAGAGGGAAAGUGGUGUUGAAGAGGAUCGAGAACAAGAUAAACCGACAAGUGACGUUUGCAAAGAGGAGGAACGGGCUGCUGAAGAAGGCUUACGAGCUUUCGGUUCUCUGUGAUGCUGAGGUUGCUCUCAUCAUCUUCUCUAGUCGUGGCAAGCUCUAUGAGUUUUGCAGCACUUCUAGCAUAUAUAAGAUACUUGAGAAGUACAACAGUUGCACCUAUGGAGCGUUGGAAUCUGGUGAAUCAGAAGUUGACACACAGAGCAAGUACCAGGAAUAUUUGAAGCUCAAAGCAAAAGUUGAGGUCCUUCAGCAUUCACAGAGACAUUUUCUUGGGGAAAAUUUAGGUGACUUGGGCAUCAAGGAACUGGAGCAGGUUGAGCUCCAGUUGGAUUUCUCAUUGAAGAAAAUCAGAUCCAGAAAGAUGCAGAUGAUGAUCGACCAACUUUCUGAACUGCAAACUAAGGAAGAAGCCCUACUCGAAACCAAUAUAAACCUGAGAAAGAAGUUGGAGGAAAAUAGUUCGACAGUACAAUCGUCAUGGGAAACCGGGGAACCAAGCAAUCCAUACAACCAUCCGCCGCCUCAGUCGGAUGGAUUUUUCGAGCCUUUACAUUGCAGGUACAAUCCCAGUAAUAUUACAGAUGAGGAUACUGCUACAUGCUCUGCAGUUGCACCAGGUGGAUUUAUCCCUGGAUGGAUGCUUUGAUUAAUGUUUGAGCUUUAAUUAAAAGAACUCCAUAUUUUCUCAUAUAAAGUGAUUGGAAAUUAAGAACAGACAAUAAUAAUUAAGCAGAUCCCAACUUUUAUUUCGUUGUAUCUCUUAUUGAGGAUGCCUGCAUGCACAGUUUCAAGCGUGGGGCGAAGCUCCAAUACUGUGAAAACAUUGUAGGACAGUAACU